CCAGUUUCCGCGCGCCUCUUUGGCAGCUUGGUCACAUGGUGAGGGUGGGGGUAAGGGGGCCGCUCUAGCCUGCGGCCUGUGUCUGUGGUCGGGCCCGUAGCGUCCAGCUGCCUGGACUGAGCUCGAGUGUAUGGCGGCGCUGCAGGAGCCGGCUCCGGGGCCCCGAUAACGGGCCGCCCCCGCGGCUCCCGGCACGGGGUGAAGGUCUCCUGUGCUGUGAGAAUGGCUACCCCUCGGUAUGAGCCAGUGGCUGAAAUUGGUGUUGGUGCCUAUGGGACGGUGUACAAGGCCCGUGAUCCCCACAGUGGCCACUUCGUGGCCCUCAAGAGCGUGAGAGUCCCCAAUGGAGGAGGUGCUGGAGGAGGCCUUCCAAUCAGCACAGUUCGUGAGGUGGCCUUACUGAGGCGGCUGGAGGCUUUUGAGCAUCCCAAUGUUGUUCGAUUGAUGGACGUCUGUGCCACAGCCAGAACUGACCGGGAAACCAAAGUGACCCUGGUGUUUGAGCAUGUGGACCAAGACCUAAGGACGUAUCUGGACAAGGCACCCCCACCAGGCUUGCCAGUGGAGACCAUCAAGGAUGUGAUGCGCCAGUUUUUAAGAGGCCUGGAUUUCCUUCAUGCCAACUGCAUUGUUCACCGAGAUUUGAAGCCAGAGAACAUUCUUGUGACAAGUGGUGGGACAGUCAAGUUGGCUGACUUUGGCCUGGCCAGAAUCUACAGCUACCAGAUGGCACUUACACCUGUGGUUGUUACACUAUGGUACCGUGCUCCAGAAGUUCUUCUACAGUCUACAUAUGCAACACCUGUGGACAUGUGGAGUGUUGGCUGUAUCUUUGCAGAGAUGUUUCGUCGAAAGCCUCUCUUCUGUGGAAACUCUGAAGCUGACCAGUUAGGCAAAAUCUUUGACCUGAUCGGGCUGCCCCCAGACGAUGACUGGCCCCGAGAUGUGUCUCUACCCCGAGGAGCCUUUUCCCCCAGAGGGCCCUGCCCAGUGCAGUCUGCAGUUCCUGAGAUGGAAGAGUCUGGAGCACAGCUGCUGCUGGAGAUGCUGACUUUUAACCCACACAAGCGAAUCUCUGCCUUCCGAGCCCUGCAGCACUCUUAUCUACAAAAGGCAGAAGGUAACCCAGAGUGAGCUGGAAUGGCUGCAUCGGAACUGAGAGAAGAGAAGCUGUCAUUUUCCUUUCUUUGAACACUUGAGCAAUGAGCCUCACACUGAGGAGAGCUCUGCCUUCAUCUCUGAGGCUGUGGAGACUCCUCCAACUUUUUACAGAGAAUAUUUUGCUGCCUUAAUGACAUUCCCCUCCCAUCCCUCCUUUGAGGCUUAUCCUUUUCCUGACCCCUAUUUCCUUAUAUCAAGGGGUAUGUCCCUUGUUCUCUCCUUCCCUACGUUGAUAUUGGGAUCCUUUUUUUAUACAGGAAAAACAAAACAAAACAAA